GGCAAUGGUGGCCAAAUUACUACCACUAAUUUCAUUAUCCGGCAAUGCGGCUGCUUCUAUCUCGUAACGGCAACCCAUAUAACUCCUAACCUCAAUGGAUGACGGUUGGUUUUCAAUUCCGUUGAACCAAUAACUCAUUACACUAACAAAGCGUAGUUACAACCAUCCUCCUAAGGCUAUUAUAGAGGGAAAGGGAUUCGAUACCAUAGAGGAAAAGAAAAGGAAAAAUCAAUGGCUAUGUGGAAGAGGGCCACCGGUGCUAUCAAAGACAAGAACAGCCUAGUGCUCGCCAAAUUUAUCACAAGAGGUGCCUUUGGGGAUCAUGAUCUUGAAGCUGCCAUCAUCAAGGCCACAAGUCAUGACGAACACGACAUUGAUAAAAGGAAUACUCGAAUGCUUUUUUCCUGGAUUCGAGCUUCACCGAAUACCCUAUGCCCUCUCGUUCGUGCCCUGUCUAGAAGGUUGGAGAAGACGCGGAGUUGGGUGGUUGCCAUCAAAGGCUUGAUGCUCGUGCAUGGUCUUAUUCAUUGUAAGGUCCCUGACGCUCGAAAGAUGGGUCGUUUACCUUUUGAUUUCUCCAGUUUCAGCGACAGACAUUCCAGGUUAAGCAAAACAUGGGGUUUCAAUAUUUUUAUUCGUCAAUACUUUGUAUUUCUAGACGAAAGAGCUGUCGUUUGGUUACAGGACGAAAACAAAACUGCCGAGGAUGUUCCCUUGAUUGUUCGGCAGCUUUUGAAACUUCGGAAACGGCAAUCUUUGCUUGAUAUGUUGCUUAAAAUUAGGCCUCGAGCGGAUAAUAUGAAGGUUCCUUUAAUUCUAGAAGCCAUGGAUUGUGUCAUCAUCGAGAUUUUCGAUGUUUAUAGCAGGAUAUGCAGUGAGAUCGCCAAGGUUUUAAUGCAAGUACAUUCAGUUGGUAAACUUGAAGCAGCAAUGGCCCUCGAGAUUCUUCGGAAGGCAACGUCACAAGGCGCACAACUUUCUCAAUAUUUCGAGUUUUGCAAGAAAUAUGGUGUUUUAAAAGCUAACGAAUUCCACAAGGUUACUGAGAUUCCGGAGGAAGAUGUCCAAGAACUGGAGAGAAUAAUCAAUGGGGUUUCAGACAAGACAUACAAGAACGACGACUUCAAGGAAAAUGACCAAAUGGCAACAGUUGUAAGAGAAGAAAACAAUGCCAUCGUCGAGCAUGGCGAAUUAAUAAAAGAUGGCUUGAAGACAACAAUAACAGACAAAUGGGAGGUUUUUCAUGAUAAUAUAAACCUCAAUGGAGAACAUAUCGAUAGUUUCUUUAAUGAAAGCAACGGUAGUGCCGAUCAAGAAGCUACAGUUUCAGAUCUACCUCUUAUACCCAUUGAUCAUAUGGCUGUUCAUUACCCUUUUGAAAUCCCAGAUUUAAUUAGCUUCUAGAAUUAGAUGGGACCAUCAACUUUGAUGACAACAAU